CCGCUCAGACGUGGUCUGGUGUUCACGUGUUGCAGAGUUUCAUUAUCUUGUUAAGUGAAUCGUUGUGUAACUCGCAAGAUGAGGUUCCUCUCCCGUAACCUUAUGGGUCACCUGAGGAACCACGCUGCCAAGAGCGUGGCCGCGACAGGCAGUGUGCGCUACCAGCAGACGGCGCCGAAGAUCUCUUCCAGCCGACCGCUCAUCGCUAACGAACCGACGGGCCCUUCUAUUGUGACUAAGACCAUACCGGGGCCUGAGAGCAACAAGAAGCUUCAGGAACUGUCCCAGAUUUCCGAAAUCGGAUCAGUGCAACUGUUCGUCGAUUACGAACGCAGUCUUGGAAAUUAUUUAGUGGAUGUUGACGGGAACACUUACCUAGAUAUUUACACACAAAUAUCUUCGCUGCCUCUCGGAUAUAGCCAUCCCGACCUGCUGCGACUCCUUGAUGACCCAGACAAUGUCAAAGCAUUCAUCAAUCGGCCAGCCCUUGGUGCUUUCCCAGGAACAGAUUGGACAGACCGACUUCAGAACAGUCUUAUGGCUGUAGCACCAACUGGCCUUCGCAGUCUGUGUACCAUGGCCUGUGGGUCAUGCAGCAAUGAAAAUGCCUUCAAAGCAAUCUACAUAUGGUACCGAACCAAGGAACGAGGAGGUGAUACAAACUUCACCAAGGAGGAGAUAGAGACUUGCAUGCUUAACAAGACACCAGGAUCUCCACCUUAUACUAUGCUAUCAUUUUCUGGUGCAUUCCAUGGCAGAACCAUGGGAUGUCUUUCAGCAACUCGUUCAAAAGCCAUCCAUAAGAUUGACAUCCCUGCUUUGGAUUGGCCCAUGGCAAGAUUCCCUCAGUACAAAUAUCCACUUGAAGAUUAUGUACAUGAGAACCAACAGGAAGAUGCAAAAUGUCUGGAAGAAACAGAAGAUCUUAUUCACAAAUAUAAUGCUGCUGGUAAGCCAGUUGCAGCUAUUGUGGUAGAGCCCAUACAAGCAGAGGGAGGUGAUAAUCAUGCAUCUCCAGAGUUUUUCCAGGGAUUACAGCAAAUUGGCAAAAGGACAGGUGCAGCACUCUUGAUAGAUGAAGUACAAACUGGAGGUGGCCCCACUGGAAAGAUGUGGUGCCAUGAGCACUUUAACCUUCCAGAGGCUCCUGAUAUUGUUACAUUCAGUAAGAAGAUGCUUACAGGAGGAUAUUACUUCAAAGAAGAGUUCAAACCACCUCAGGGCUAUCGUAUUUACAACACCUGGAUGGGUGAUCCUUCAAAGGUGAUCAUGCUGGAGGAAGUUAUCAGAGUUAUCCAGCGUGACCGUCUUCUAGAAAAUGUUAAUGAAACAGGAGAUAUACUCAUGAAGGGUCUGACAGCUCUUCAGAAUCGGUAUCCUCAGCACCUUAACUCAACUCGAGGACGAGGAACAUUCAUUGCAUUUGAUGGAACAGAUGCUGCAAAACGAGACACCAUUGUAAACAAAUUAAAACUACAAGGAAUUCAUUCUGGCGGAUGCGGAGAAAAAUCAGUGCGUCUUCGUCCUGCCCUCAUCUUCCAACCUCAUCACGCCAAUAUUUUCCUCAAUAAGCUUGAGACAGUUCUCUCAAAUCUGUAAAAGACUGAAGACUUUAAGUCCAUUCUUCAACAAUAUACAUAUAGUUUUCAUAAGUCUGAUACAGAUUACUAAAUUUGCUCCUUGCUAUGAAAUAAAGAUGUGCACUUAAUUUGCAGACACAUAGUAUUCAAGUAAAGUAAUAACAUCUUGAAUUCUAAUGCCAAAGGUCUUAUACAAGGCUGUAUUUCCUAUCUCUGCUGAAUAGUUUGCUGUGUUCUUUAGACAUUAUGAAUAAGUAUGUAUACACAAUUACCUGUGUGUAUACACACUUGCUUGUUUCAUGAGAGAGAGAGAGAGAGAGAGAGAGAGAGAGAGAGAGAGAGAGAG